UAUGAGCGCAACGUUUCACGUAUAUCAUUUCGCGUGCGAGAACGUCAUAAUAAUAUAAACAAAAUACAUAUACGCUAGUUGUACAGUGGUAUAUACAUUAUAAACGAAAACAUCGACGAAAUGAUAGACAAGAAACAUUAUUUCGCUCUAUCGCUCGCCUUGAUUUACUGCAUCGUCGCGACAGCCGGAGCAGCCGCGGAUCCGAUCCGGUGUCAGACUGGCUCGCACUACUCCGAGUGCGGCAGCGCAUGCCCGGCGAGAUGUCGGCCGAGAACGGCCCGAGCUGCACUGACUUGUCAGGCGCUGAUCUGUCCCGAGACGCCGAGGUGCUGGUGCGACAGCGGAUACGUAUUGAAUCGCCAGAAUAAAUGCGUCAAGCCGUCGCAUUGCUAAAUUAUUACCAUUAUUUUUCCUUCGUGAAUAUCGUAUCAAUUCUGUCUAUCACAUUUUUCAAUAUAAGUUGAGCUCCGUCUCGACUCACUCUCGUUUUUUAUUUUUAUUUUUCGCAUAAAUAGUCUAUACGUAUACACGCGUUAAUAAUGUAUGCAACGAAUACACAAUUGCGCCGCGCUACAUAAAUCCGCAGAAAUUGAUAUGUAUUUCAUUUUCAAUAAACG